GCUUUGUUCCUACGUAAAAGGCGUCCAUAGCUUCACCCUGAUCUGCGUGUCGACCAUGCGUCUAAGAUUACACACCCGGUCGCCAAACUUUUAGCAUGUUCGAGCUCGUAACUUAGUCCGAAGCCAUCCCCUGUUUAGCAGCCGCUAACCUCACCUCAAGUCCGGAAAUCAGGAUUCUGCCUGCGGGCAACAACAUUCCGUAGGGUUUUGCGGCCACGCACGGCAUGUGUCUGAGGAUGAAAUACAACCCGUGGCAGGGUAAGCGAAAAAGACAAACCAAAAUCCUUUGACAGAUCCUCCAGAUUUCCACCGCAUGAAGGUGACACAAGCCCGCCCAUUUCACAAAUUCUGCAGGAACCCGCUUCGCACAUCUCACGACACCUGGACACUGCCACCCUUGCUGCGCAGCAAGACUAGACUUGCCUCCGUCCAGGCGUGGGUGGUCAUGGAUCUGCACAUCGCCAAUUGAAUCAAGCCUGGGCUCCGAACAUCUACAACCCUGAUGCCGACGAAGAACCGGACCACACAGGAUGCGAACAAAGGAACGUCAUGAAGAGUGUGCGUCUCCUCAUCUGCCUGCCAUGCGCAGAACCGCUGGAAGGCAUCCGAAUCGAUUCGCGACUCUGCUGCCGUCGUUGAAAGAACACCGGAACUCCGAAUCACCUGAACGCGACGAGAUGGAUCCGAGAAGGGAUUCGGAGGUGUCGUCCCCCAGCUCCCUGUUCUCCGGCACGACCUUCUGGACAGAGGCCUCAGACGACGACAACCGACCAGAGCCUCCACCACUCAUCCACUCUCUGUUCGAGGAGCUCUCUCAAACUUGGCAAUUCGUCGUGGCAGAUCCGGUAUCGCGAAGGGCAAUCAUCGUGGACCCCCAGCUAGACAACGCACCAUCAGCAACAUCGAUCUCCACAAUCGCCGCGGAUCGUGUAUUGUCAGUCGUACGCCAGAACCGGUAUACCGUCGAUCGUAUCCUCCACACCCACGAAUCGAGAGACCACCCUUCCUCAGCCUGGUACCUCCGAGCACAACUUCUCCAAUCCACCGGCCACGCACCCAAAGUCACCAUCGGCAAAACAAUGGCAGCUGUACAUCGCAUGUACAAGCGAAAAUACAGCAUGCGAGCUGCAGAUGGCAGUCCGUGGAGUAGCGAGUACGAAGACACCAGACUCGCAGAUGGUCAAACCUUCUCCAUCGGCAACCUCAAAGCAACGGCGCUACACUUCCCUGGUGGAACGUACGCCUUCGUCAUUGGCCAGCAUAUCUUCGCAGGCGCUUCCAAGGCCGAACUCGAGCUCCGCGCUCGGAACAACAUGUUGAUUCGCGAUCUCCAGAGUUUCCGCAUCUACACCAGUAACGAUGCUCCGCCGGAGAGAAAAGCGCAAUUGACGCCAAUUUAUGAGCGGGAACGGCCGAUUGGGAAGAGCGGAAAGAAGCUGGUGAUCCGGUAUGCUGCAGAAGGUGGUCUUGAGGAUCUGGAGGAACUUGACGGAGCCUGAGUAUUCGGUUGCCCCGGAUGGCAAUCGGGUCGAUAUUUCUUUGCAUCAUUUGCAUGAUUCUCAUGAUACCCAGGAUCGGAGUUGGAGGCGGCAUUUUCUCGAAGUCCAUGUAGAGCUCCUUCCCUUAUUAGUCAUUUUCCUCUUUAGCAUUGAGCUGUAAAAUAGUCCUGUGUCAUCCCGCGGAGUGGCGUUUGUGUAUAAUGUAUCAAUAGUCGACAUGGACCGCCGACAUGUCCCAUGCGCCUCAAAGACCAGCAAGCUCUCCGGGGCCCAUUGCAAGUCCCUGCAUG